AUGCAGUCAAACAAGGUCAAACCUGCAUCUUCUGAGGACCAGAAUGGACGAUCUCCUUCCAACGAGGUAGAUCUCGCCAAACAGGAGAAAACAUCAUUCUUUGCUCUCUUUCGCUAUGCUGAUGCUUUGGAUGAUUUCCUCAUAUUCAUCUCCCUUAUUGGCUCAGUAGCAACUGGCGCAGCUCUCCCUGCCUUCACGCUGUUCUUCAAGGACCUCAUCAACGGAGGGUUUGGAGCAAGCUCGCUCUCUGCUAGUGAGGUCAACAAGACUGCUCUGUUUUUCCUUUGGAUCAGCCUGGGCUUGCUCGUAUGCGGCUCCAUCUCCAACGGCGCCAUGCUCUUGGCCGCAGCCAACCAGGGAUCAAGGCUGCGGAGGCAGUACGUGAAGGCCAUCUUGAGACAGAACAUCGCUUGGUUUGACACCCAGAAGACUGGAGAGAUCACCACGUCGAUCGAGCGCGACUGCUCCAACGUGCAGGGGGCCAUAGGCGAGAAGGCCGUACUCUUCGUUCAUAACCUGUCCACUUUCGUCAUUGGAAUCGCACUUGGGUUCUGGCAAGGGUGGGAGAUGGCUUUGGUUAUAUGCGCGUGCUUGCCGCUGCUGGCCGGGGCUGGAGCUUGGAUGGCAAAGAACCUGGCAGACCUUGCUACUAAGGGAGAGCGGGCGUAUCGCUCUGCAGGAGCUGUUGCGGAGCAGGCCAUCACCGGGAUCAGAACUGUAGCGUCGCUGCGAGGAGAGCAACGAGAGAACCAGAGGUACUGCUCGAACCUGGACGAGGCGCUGGACAUGGGAAUCAAGAAGGCUCGUACCAAUGCGUUGGGAAUGGGCAUCGUCAUGAGCACAACAAUAUUUCCGUACGCCCUGGGACUGUGGUUUGGCAGCUGGCUGAUCGCGCACGGUGUUACCAACAGCCGCACUGGUUUUCUCUACUCAGCAGGGGACAUCAUGUUGGUUUUCUUUUCCAUCGUGAUGGGAGGCUUCAGUCUCGGUCAGGUCGGGCCUUGUGUGCAGGCGUUCAUGAAGGGCCAGGCGUCAGCUAAGAGAAUCUUCGACAUCAUCGACCGCAAGCCCCCCAUCGACAUCGAAGAUCCGUCAGGCGAGAAGCCAGCAAGUGUCAAGGGUGACAUCUGCCUCAAGGGCAUCGCCUUCACCUACCCAGCCCGCCAGGACGCUCCCAUCUUCACCAACCUCGACCUCAACAUCGCAGCGGGUCAGACGGCGGCGCUGGUCGGGGCCUCGGGGAGCGGCAAGAGCACGGUGAUCCAGCUGCUGCUUCGCUUCUACGACCCGGACGCGGGGCAGGUCAUGCUGGACGGCAGAGACCUGCGAACGCUCAACGUCAAGUGGCUGCGCGAGCACCUGAGCAUCGUGUCACAGGAGCCGAUCUUGUUUGCGGUGUCGAUCGCUGAGAACAUCAAGUACGGCAAGCCCGACGCCUCCAUGGACGAGAUCGAGAAGGCGUCGGUGGCGUCCAACGCUCACAUGUUUAUCUCCGGGCUUCCGGGCAAGUACGACACGCUGUGCGGGGAGAGAGGGACGCAGCUGAGCGGCGGUCAGAAGCAGAGGAUCGCGAUUGCGCGCGCCAUCAUCUCCAACCCCAAGGUGCUCCUGCUGGACGAGGCCACGUCGGCCCUGGACUCGGAGAGCGAGAAGCUCGUACAGGGAGCGCUGGACAACCUCAUGGACGGGAGGACCGUCGUGGUGGUCGCUCACCGCCUGUCGACCAUCCGCAACGCAGACAAGAUCUGUGUCUUCCAGACGGGCACCAUCGUCGAGGAGGGGACGCAUGAGGAGCUGUACGCGAAGCAGGACGGCUUCUACCGGGAGCUUGUCUCGAAGCAGAUGAUGGCGGGAGAGGCGGCGGUAGGAGGGACUCCAGCCACAACAGAGGAGAAGCCAACCCAGGCAAGUCAGCCUGUGCAGGACACAGUGUCAGCGACCAAGUCUACGACAGAUGUGGUGCUCAAGGAGGUAAGCGAGGAGGAGAAGAAAGCCGAGAAAGGCUACCUGAGCCGAGCGUUCAAGCUGAACAGCCCGGAGUUCUUCCCUUGGGCCUUGACAGGGUCGAUCGGGGCUUGCUUGAACGGAGCUUUGUUUCCUGUGCUUGCGCUGCUGCUCACGGAGAUGCUCGCUGGGUACAGCAUCGUGUGCUUCAACCUGAUGGAGACUAAGAUCGUCAAGUACUGCUAUGGCUUCGUCGGGUUGGCCGUUGCUGCUUUCGUUGCCAACUUCCUGCAGCUCUUCUCCUUCGGGAUCAUGGGCGAGCAUCUCACGCAGCGGCUGAGGAAGCUGAGCUUUGCCUCCGUGCUGCGGCAGGACGUUGGCUUCUUCGACUACACGGAGAACGCGAGCGGAAGCCUGACGACCAAGCUUGCCAAGGACGCUUCCUUGGUAGAGAACGCGGUCGGAACCACUAUCGGCCUCAUGAUCCAGAACAUUGUGAUCAUGGCGAUCUCUUUGACGAUCGCGUUCAUUCGAGGCUGGAUGCUGACGCUGAUCUGCUUCUCGACGUUCCCGCUGAUGGUGAUUGCGAAUAUGCUGCAAAUGCAGUUUAUCGCGGGAUCUGGCGGAGACUUGUCGAAAGCCUAUCAGCGGGCUACCGCUGUGGCUAGCGAGGCAGUUGCUGGGUUGCGAACUGUCGCCGCGUUCUCAGCAGAGGAGAAGGUGGAGGACCUCUACCAUUCCGCGCUAGACUCCGAUACGGGCGGUCAACGCAAGACUGCCUUGGCUGCAGGAGUAGGUCAAGGGUUCUCGCUGUUCACAAUGUUCUUCCUAUAUUACUGCGGUUUUGCGGGAGGGGCUUACCUCAUGAAUCAUUAUGAUUACACCUUCAAGGAUGUGCUGCAGGUGUUCUUCUCCGUCACCUUCAUGGGCAUGGCGGCUGGCAUGGCAGGGUCCCUCGCUCCGGACAUUGCCAAAGGCAAGCCAGCGCUCAUUGCUAUCUUCAAGCUGAUUGAUCGGGUACCCAAGAUUGACAUUCAAGACGAGGGCGGAGAGAGGCCUGCCUCUGUGAAGGGCGACAUUGAGCUGAGGAACGUUCAUUUCGCGUACCCUGCUCGACCCGAAGCUCAAAUCUUCAGCGGCCUCAACUUGACCAUCAACGCCGGUCAGACAGUGGCACUUGUCGGCAGCUCGGGCAGUGGCAAGAGCACGAUUAUCUCCCUGAUCGAGCGUUUCUACGAACCAGACCAGGGGCAGGUGCUGCUGGAUGGCAAGGACAUCAAGACGCUCAACUUGAGUUGGCUGCGCUCUCACCUGGGGCUUGUCAGCCAAGAGCCGGUGCUGUUCGCUACCUCCAUCUACGAGAACAUCCUCUAUGGAAGGGAGGAUGCUCGCAAGGAAGAAGUUUAUGAAGCCGCCAAGCGCGCCAACGCGUACGACUUCAUCAUGAACCUGCCCGGCAACUUCGAGACGGAGUGCGGAGAGCGAGGAACUCAGCUCAGCGGCGGACAGAAGCAGAGGAUCGCGAUUGCAAGGGCCAUGGUCUCGAACCCGAACAUCCUGCUGCUGGAUGAGGCUACUUCCGCGCUUGACUCUCAGAGCGAGAAGAUCGUGCAGAAGGCGCUGGAAAACCUCAUGGUUGGGAGAACGGUCGUCGUCGUAGCGCAUCGCCUUUCCACCAUCCAGAACGCGGACAACAUCGUGGUGUUCAGCAAGGGGAGUGUGAUGGAGCAGGGACGACAUUCGGAGCUCAUCAAGAAUCCUGCUGGGCCUUAUUCCAAGUUGAUUGCGCAUCAGAUGCAAGCUUGAUAGUAGACAUGCUCGACAUCCGAGACAGAUCUCGGGUCUUCGCCUUGUCGUUGGAGCAUUUUGGGACUGCGUCCACUUUUUUAAGAAAUAUAGAUACUUUCACCUUUUAGACAUCGUCUGUUACAAUAAAAGCUGUUUGCAAGCUG